UGCUAUGCCUGCCCUUCUGUAUAACAUGUAUGCAAUGUUCAAUUGAAAUUAUAUAACUCCUCAAUUAAUGGCCAAAAUUGAUAAAACCCAAUAGGGGGGAUUCUGGAGAUACAAAAUGCAGAAAGGCACCUUCAUCCAUGAUUGGUGGAUCUAUAGGGUGGUAAAAGGUUUUUGGAAAGAGGGGACUAAAAAAACUAAUAAAAUGAUUUCUAAUACAUUAAGAAAAUGUGUCAAUUUUGUUUGUUUCUUGAGAUAAUUGAUAAAGAAGUUGUAGACAUUUGCUAAUAUAGCUUUGUGGCAGCAAGAAUUACAAUAACAAAACCUUGGAAGGGGGGAAAAGAACUCGCAUUAAGGAAUGGAGAAGAAGAUUAAUUGAGUACAUAGCCAAGCUCUCGAAUGGCAUAAGGAGAGGAAACAAUGAUGAGUUUGCUGGAAAAUGGAGACUUGCUUUUGGGUAUUUAAAAAAGAACACAGAAAUAGACUUUGGAAUAGCCACAAAGGGAAUCUAUUAAUGUAAUGAUAAGGAUAGUUUUUUGUUAGAUACUAGUUCCAUACUGAGUGGUGGUUCACAGGUGGGAAUGGGGAUGGGAUGGGAUUGGGGAAAUAAUAUUUGCAUUUUAAUUGUUGAAUGUUGUAUCUUGUAUGCUAUUUUCACAUAACACAAUAAAAUUAUUCCAAUUUUUAAAAGGACAGCGAUUUCCAUGAAAACUCUCUGCAGGUAUUCCUUUUUUUCUGAUGUUUAUGAAAUUAAACAGAGCUUGAAUUUACACAGUAGACACCAGCAUGGCAGAAAAAUAACCCCAAAGUGAAGCAGGGUUCAAGAGGGAAAAAGUAAAGGCAACAGGAGGGUGAGGAGAGAUAAUCACAAGAGAUCUGCUUAUCGACACAUUCAGAUAUCUUCAUCAGUGCUUAUGAGGUCCAGCACAUCAUCAGCGGAUGUCCCCUGUCCAUUUUGUGGAUUUCUAAAAUCUGCUACAUGUGAACAUGUCAGGACAGUGGGGGAGCAUUUACCGGGAUUGACAGCUCAGUGUCUGGAUUUUAUGUCAGGGACUGCAAUUUUUUGCCCCACUUAUUUGUCCCAGAUUAUGAGGCCAACCUAGCAGUUCGAAAACAUGCCAAUGUGAGUAGAUCAAUAGGUACCACUCCGGAGGGAAGGUAACGGCGCUCCAUGCAGUCAUGCCGGCCACAUGACCUUGGAGGUGUCUAUGGACAAUGCCAGCUCUUCGGCUUAGAAAUGGAGAUGAGCACCAACCCAGAGUCAGACAUUUAUGAGGCUAUCUGGAAGCGCCCUAAAUGACCUUGGGCAAGUCCUGAUAAGGUUGCCUUGGGGUUGCCAAAAAUUGGAAAUGACCUGAAGGCACAAACCUUCCUAAUCCUAAGAAUCUUCUGAAAACAACUAAUUUUUAAAACAUUUCCAUCUAGCAUUCUCCUUAAAGCACAGCUGGAGUUCAGAAUGUGCAAGGGGAAAUCUGGUUUGACAGUUACUUGACACACUUCAUUUCCUGCUUUUCUGUGGCUUUCUAGAGACGUUUUCUUUUUCAGAUGCCUUGGAGCCAUGCAGCCGAUGAUAAUGCUGCAGUGAAAUGUCUUCCUCUGAAUUCCUGAAGAAUAAGGAAAUUGAGCAAGUCAGUUUUGUUGACAAGGUGAGACUUCGCUAUCAGCAGAUGCCUGGUGAACAAGAAGGAGAAAAUGGUACAUCUCAGCAGCAUCCACAUCUUCUCGAAGCUUUGUAUCAGUUAGCCAACCUGGGCCUUCCCCUUGACAAGCUAUGGGAGAGCCUGAGGACUGGUUUCCCAUUCCACCAGAAAGUUACUGAGCUGGAAAGCCGGCAACAGACCUUGGAGAACAUUGUCUCUGUCCUGAGUCGGGAGCUGGGAAGAAGAGAGGGAGUCUCUGGAGUCACCCUGGGAGAAGCCAUGGCCAGGAUCAUUUAUCUAGAGCAAAAGGUGGAACAGCAAGACUCACUCCUGGCCGUGAAGGAUGUAAUGAUCAGCAACCUGGCAUCCCGGAUCCAUACCUUGGAGCAGACCACUUAUGAUGGCUGUCUCCUCUGGAAAAUCCCUGAGGUGGGACUUAGAAGUCGGGAAGCACGAACUGGAAAUCGCCCAGCCUGCUAUUCCCCCGCAUUUUACACCAGCCGCUAUGGUUACAAAGUCUGCCUCAAGGUAUUCCUGAAUGGAGAGGGGACAGGAACUGGAACCCAUCUCUCACUCUUCCUGGUCCUGAUGAAAGGCGAAUAUGAUUUUCAGCUCAAGUGGCCUUUCCGACAUAAGGUCACAUUCACUCUCCUGGAUCAAGACAACAAGCAACAUAUUUCAACAUCAUUUCGACCCCUGGAGUCAUCAUCUUCAUUCCAGCGUCCUGUGAAUGAAACCAAUGUGGCCAGUGGCCUUCCUGAGUUUUGCCCCUUGAAUGUACUCCAUUCUCCCAGGACUUCAUACAUCUGUAAUGACACUUUAGCCAUCCAAGCUGUGAUUGACAUGAAAGCUUAGACUGAAUUUGAGCCUAAUGGACUGGAGACUGACUGACAACCACUGUUCAGCCACACAUAGAGAGUCUGGUGUGGUGAGUCCAAAACAGUUCCCGAAGAGACAUGACUACAUUGCUCAAGACUCCUUCUUUUCAUGGGCUCAUUUGAAAAACAAGAAACUUGGAAACUGUCCUAUCUUUCCAUGAGGACUACAUGGAGGCAAUCUAAUUGACAGAAGAUUGGAGCUACACUCAGUAAGAUCUGUUUUAAGCAUGACUAUAAUAGAUCCAAUUUAGGGCUGGAAUCAAGCCUUGUGGAGUCUGUUCUAACCAUCAACAAAUCUAGUUUCUAAGACUGGAUGCAGGCCUUUCACUGUCUAUUCUGCCCAUGUCUAUCAUGAUUACAGUGGAUCCAGUUUAAAAGUUGGUACAGGCCUUGUAUAGACUGUUUCCAACCAUGACUAUCAUCAUGACUACACUAUAUCCAGUCUUAAACUGGAUUUGAGGUUAUUUCUUAUCAUGAUUAUGAUAACUGAUCUGUCAGGGAUACUUUGAUUGUGGUUCCUGCAUGACAAGGGGUUGAACUAGAUGGCCCAUAUGGUCAUCUAGUCCAACCCAGUUCAUUAAAACAUUAAUCCUCAUCUAACUGAAGGUAAUAAUAACUUGAAUACCAUGAAAUAGCAAAGUAAUUUCCAGUUAAUAUGUUUACGAGAUGACAGUUCCAGAGUAGAUUCAAUUACACAGGAGUAUUUCUGGUCCAAAUAUGGUUAAUAGAGGGGCUUCACCCUCCUUCAAUUAUAGUCUCGGUGACCUUGAUCCAAGUCUGUGUCUUGACUAUUCGAAGUAUAACUAAAUCUGAAUCCAAUGAUUCAAAAUAUGAUGCCUUUGUGUAAAUCUGCUAAUCAGUCCAAGUAACUGUAUGUAAGUAUGUCAUUUGUAAACAUAGCUCAAAAUAUUUUGAUACUUGCUUUGA